CGGUGGCGCCAGACUCGCGAAGGUUCCAGAGGCGCCGCGUGCAGUAGGCGGGCCGCCGUCUCGCGCAGGGUCGGGUGUGCGCGCAGGCUGCGGGCGCUGCGCGGUGUGGCGGGGCGGCGUUUCCGGUUCGUUCCGCUGCGGGGCUGCUUCUCGGUUCUUGCCUGACCCAGCCCGACCAUGGCUUCAGCUGUGGAAGAGCUACAGAAAGAUCUAGACGAAGUAAAGGCGUUGCUAGAAAAGACCACUAGAAAGAGAGUACGUGAUGCUCUUACAGCUGAAAAAUCCAAGAUUGAGACAGAAAUCAAGAACAAGAUGCAGCAGAAAUCACAGAAGAAAGCAGAACUUCUUGACAAUGAAAAGCCAGCUGCUGUGGUUGCUCCCAUUACUACAGGAUAUACAGUGAAAAUCAGUAACUAUGGAUGGGAUCAGUCAGAUAAGUUUGUGAAAAUCUACAUUACGUUAACUGGAGUUCAUCAAGUCCCGACGGAAAAUGUGCAGGUGCAUUUCGCAGAAAGGUCAUUUGAUCUUUUGGUAAAGAACCUAAAUGGGAAGAGUUACUCCAUGAUUGUGAACAAUCUCUUGAAACCCAUCUCUGUGGAAGGCAGUUCAAAAAAAGUCAAGACAGAUACAGUGAUUAUCUUAUGUAGAAAGAAAGCGGAAAACACACAGUGGGAGUACCUGACUCAGGUAGAAAAAGAAUGCAAAGAGAAAGAAAAGCCCUCCUAUGACACUGAAACAGAUCCUAGUGAGGGAUUGAUGAAUGUUCUAAAGAAAAUUUAUGAAGAUGGAGAUGAUGAUAUGAAGCGAACCAUUAAUAAAGCCUGGGUAGAAUCAAGAGAGAAGCAAGCCAAAGGAGACACAGAAUUUUGAGACUAAAGUCCUUUUGGGAACUGUGAUGUGGAAAUAUUGAUGUUUCCAGUAAGGACAUGUUGGUGAGCUGCACAGAUAAAUUUAACAGAUAACUUUACAGAAGCUGCUUCUAAGUAAAGGCAAUGAAUUCUCCAUUUCUUACUGGAGGAUUUAUUUAAAUAAAAUAUGCUUAUUGAACACUUCCUCCAAAGAUGGUUUCCUUAGUAACCUGGUGAUUUUGUUCAUGAAAGGGUAAUACUGCAUUCUCCUGUGAAAUGUAAAGAAGCGAGUUUUGCCUAAU